AUGAGGUUGCAAGAACUUCAAGAUGCUAUAAACAAACUUCCAUUGAGACAUCCAAUUGACGUCAAAUUGUAUUGGAGAGCAUCUGAGUUAGGUCAGAAGGUUUUAUAUGAAACAGGUUGCUUCGACGAUGUUUAUGAGAUAACAGGAGAAGUUUCUCAGAAGAUAAGAGACUCACUUGAAUUUCCACAAACUGGACCAGUUGGUUGCGACAAGUUCGACUCAAACGAAAAGAUAUACUAUGUCGACCUUAACGCUGCGUACAUGAGGUUUGUCCAAUAUAUUCCGACUGGAAUUCCAAACGAAGAUGGUGAAUUCCCGGGAAGGAACUAUACAGUUGGAAAAGUCAUACAACAACUGUAUGAUAUUAGGAAAGCUUCAAACCCCAAACUUGCAAUGACACUCAAAUUGCUUAUGAAUUCGACAUGGGGAUAUUCCAUUAAGAAACCUCAAGAGAUGAAGAGUAAACAUUAUGAGAAGGUCGACAACUUUGUUGAAAGGUUUUCUCCUUUUGUUUUGAAGUACGAAUUCACUCAAGGUCAAAGUGGCUUAGUAACCACAUUAAAACCUAUUGUCGAACAUUGGUCUUACCCUCAGUUCGCAAAAGCAGUCCUUGACGAGUACAACAAAUUCUUCUCCGAAGUCAAAUCGAAAGUCAAGGUUUACUAUGAGAACAUUGACGCACUCAUGACGAACGAAGAAGGAUACAACAAACUCAUUGAAAUGGGUAUGGUCGGUGAAAAGAUGGGUCGAUUCAAAUUGGACAAAAUUUUCACCGAAGUUCAUGUCCUCUCCAAGCGUAAGUACUGGGGUAUACUUGAAGACGGCACAGAAAUAAAACAUUGCAUGAAAUAA